AUGCCUUGGGGGCUUGGGACAAAGAAGAAUGGGAAGCUCAAAGCCAGUGAAUGGCAUACUCUCUUUGCCAUUCACCUGCCUUUGGCUUCACUUGACAUAUUCUUGGAAUCUGGCAAUAUCAAAGAAGAUUUACGUUUGAAUGGAACUGCGUUGGACAACAUCUGUGCCUUGGUCCGCUGCACAAACCUUGUAAGCUCAAAAAAAAUCACUCGCAAAGAUGCCAAUUGCUUCCAAGACGAAUACGAGGUAUAUACUGCAACUUCAGAAAAACUUUUUCCCAAUCUGAAAAUCCUGCCAAAUCACCAUUACGCGCUCCACAUCCCUCAACAUAUGAAUUGGUGGGGGCCUCUCAUGGCGGUAUCCAAAUUUCCUGGAGAGCGGCUCAUUGGUUCAUUGCAAAAAUGUAAAACAAAUACCCAUCAAAAACACACAGGAGUUACAAUUAUGAACAAGUUCUGCCAACGCCAAAGGCUGAAGGCUGCGCACGGGUUGGACUGUGCUCGUAAACAAGGAGAUAAAAAACAGGUUGAGGCCCCGUUUGAAAUGGAUCGCAUGGCCUACGACCAAGUCCUGCACUUUUGUCGCCAAACGGUGCCAGACCUACGCGCAUAUUACGAUCUACCUCAUCCACCCGAGGCCAAGGUCAUGUUCAGUCUCGCAAAGGAAAUCAGGUCGCUAGAGGUCGGACAAGGGAGGAGGAUAUCUAAAAGAAAACCAAACGACAUAGUCGAGUACAUCAGCAAAGACGGGGAGUUGGCUUAUGGACAGGUGUGUGACAUCAUUCGUCCAACUGGAAUUGGCCAUGAACAUUCAGAUGUCAUAAAGGUGAUCCGGGGCAAGCAAGUUGCGCGAGGGGAUGCCUUCCCAGUUUAUUUAGAGAAGCUCAAUGUGUUACAAUUGCACUUUGGGACAAUUGAAUAUAUUCAUCCCCCCCAGGUAGUUAGCCCGGUAGCCUAUCGCCGCCUCCCAGCAUGGUCCCUUGCAACCGUCAAUCCCAGCUAUCUCAUCAGACCACUUGGUGGCCUUUCCUCAGCUCCAUCUUCAACCAAUGAUCCAAUGGAGCUAGACCCCUGA